UCUGCCACUGGCAACACUGGUCUUGAAGACUUGACUUUGGAAACCGGGAAUAUUUAAUUUAAACUUUUUAAUGGGCAAUUAAAUAAAUAUAAUUAUAUUUAAGUUAAGCCUGAAAAUUGAAUGAGAAUGGUGUAUUUUAUCUGCUCGAAUUAGCUACUAUUUCGUGUUCAGUGCUACUAAACAGAGGAGAAGUUUUGACAGCUAACCUAAGACACUCCAAUAAAUUGUAGAUUUUGUUGUAAAUAAAUAACAAUGCACCUUUUAAUACAAGCCAGCCCUUUUCUGGACAAAUUAAAGCAUUUCCGUCAUUCUGUGUCGUUUAAUGAAAUCCAGCUGACAACGUCUCAAAAGGUGGUACUAUGGAGCAUUGGAGUGGUGGGUACAAGUGCAGCCGUGGUCGGCAUACUUUCAAGAUACUUAGCUCGGAAAAGGGCAAAGCCUAUUCUAAAUCCAAGAAUCCAAAGAGCUAUCAAUAAGAGAAUAUCCAGAAUGCGAAGUCCUAAUGGGGGCAUGGGGUCAGUGGCAAGCAGUGGAGGCAGAGGGAGUCCGUUGGGCUUCAGUGAGCGGUUGUCUAUGGCAUCGGGUUCUAUUGGCUCUGGUGGAGGUGACGGAGCCCCGCCACUCUCACCCCAGCAGCUUGGUGUCAUGGGGAUGGAGUCGUUGGAAACGAGUAUAAACUACUGGGAGGACGCGCUGGCCGCGUUCUCGCUGGGGGCCCGCGGCGGCGUGUCGGGCACGCUGGCGCUCACCUCGCCUGAGGAGGCCGAGUUCUGCAGGGAAAUACAGGACCUUCUUCAGGAUGCUUAUAUGCUACAGGAGCGCUGCGAGCUGCUAUUCCUGGACCAGCGGUCGGUGCUGUUCCGCUCGGAGUCCGGGGGCGGGGGCGGGGGCGGGGACGAGCCCGACAGCAUCAUCCUGGGCGGGCGGCGGCAGCGCCUGCUGUCCACGCACACCGCCUCCUCAAGACACACGCGGAGGGAGCAUCAUUCUAGUGCAGAGUCGUUUGCUUCCGCUGAGGAUCAGGUGGCUGACCUAAGAGAGUUUGACGACUUCACGGAAAACUUACCAGAAUUAGAACAUUUAGAAUUAUACCAAUUAGCAUUAAAACAAUUAGACGAUGGAAUUCCAUACAGAACGCUCCGCACAGACGUGGUCCACUGCGCUUCCGACGCGGAGUUCCUGUGCAAGCUGCACUGCCUGCGGCUGGCGCUGCAGCUUGUGUUCAAGGACGCCGCCGUGUGGGCCUGGUUCGUGGAUGCCGGCCGCCAGGUGCUGACUGAUAUGCUGCUGUUUGCUGAUAAGGAACCAAAGGAAUUUCUAGUCGCUUAUGAAGAAAUGGUGUCAUGGACAUCGGACCCAGCAAAUUGGACGACCAUUGAAAAUGAACUGUGCAGUAAAGGCGUCAAGGUGUUAACAUUCUACGAUGUGGUGCUAGACUUUAUUCUGUUGGAUGCAUUUGAAGAUUUGGCGGCGCCGCCGUCGUCGGUGCUGGCGGUCGUCAGGAACCGGUGGCUGUCCGACGGAUUCAAAGAAAGCGCGCUAACAACAGCAGUAUGGUCGGUCAUAAAAGCCAAGCGGCGCUACCUGCAGUACCCGGACGGCUUCAUGGCCCACUUCUACUCCAUCUCCGAGCAUCUUCUACCGGUCCUGGUGUGGGGCUUCCUCGGCCCGAGGGAGCGGCUGCGGGAAGUCUGCCAGAACUUCCAGAGCGAGAUAGUGGGCUUCGUCACAGACCUGUUCGACUUCCAGAAGUGCAGGUACACGACCGUGGAGGACCUGGCGGCGGAUAUACUGCAGCACGCGCGGGCCCGGGCCGCCAAUAUCACGGACAAACUGGCUGAGAGGAUCUAAAUACGGUUGAUGUUAGGACUAUGUUUGAACAAAGUAGGUUUUUAUUGAUUUUGGUGGCACUUUUGUCUGUUAGUAGUGUUGUGAGAUGACGCAAGAGUUCGGUGGCGCCACCUACUAUAAUUUCGUAAAGUGACGUUUGACAUGAAUAUUCGCUCGAUGUGAGCACGUUACAAAUCGAAUAUUCGGCAGAACAGUAGCAGUAUCACGAAUAAUGAUCACGAUGUUAGUCGCCUGAGACAGUGAAAUUGCUAUCGGCUAAUAAUGUUGGUUCUGUAAACGACAGCUAAUUCCGAAUAUUCUUACAUACUUACUGCAAUUUAUAAAUGGAAGUGUAUGGUAUUUAAGUAUGCAUGUUAAGUAUCUAACUAAGGCCACUUUACUUACGCCGAGUGGUUCGAAGGAACUUUAAACUAAGGUCAAUUUUAAAUUAUUUCUAUUGCUGACUUGCUUGAGAUAUUAUAGGUACAAAUAGAUUUAAUGUCUCUUAGUUUAGAGUUCCUUCGUGCAACUCCGCAUUAGUGCAAUGGAAAAUACAUUCCUGUUAUAAUGUAAGUUCUAAAAUACUUUAUAUCUCCAUGUUUCAAUGUUCCCUGCUUAACGUACUGCCAGUAUGUACCUAGUAGUUGAUUGUUAAGUACAUAAGCGAAAGUAGUUAAUCUUAUUGUAACAAUGAUUAUGUCACAAACUUCCUCGAUAUUGACAUUAUAUUAUGCGAAAAAUGCACACAAGAGCUUCCAGCAAUCGAAUUGCAGAUGCGAUGGUUUAUCUGUAUUGAUACCGUACGUACCGUAUUCUAGCUCUUUCUGAAGGUACCAAAUUUAAACUUAGCACAAAGGGCUAAUAUAAAUUUUGACAUGGCUAAAAUUAAAUGUGGUCCUUGAGAAUUGCACCGAGAUAUUAGAAAAUGAAUUGCUAUGUUUGGACUGUAGAUGAAUUUUGUCCAGUACCGAAGUGUGAAGGAUUUUAUUGUUUUUAUUUAUUUUUGCAUUUAACACAUGAUCCGCUUUUACUUGUUUGUAAUUAGUCAUAUUAAAGCUUUGACUCGAGUAGGAAAUGUCUUGUAAUAGCUCCCGUUAACUGGUUGUAAUAGUGAUAUUUAGAUAGAAAUUGUAACAUGUCCUUGACAGCCUUCAAACAAUACAAUAAUUUAUUGAGUAUCUAUAAUAAUCUAUAUGUAAAUAAAAUGAAGUGUAAAAAAUACCUACAUGAAUACUAAUUUAACUUGCGGGAUUGA